AUGGCUGAACAUAUCGAUAAAAUAUGUCUGAAUAAUAAUCUUCGUUAUCGUUUUGAUUAUGUAUCAAAAUUUCUUAAUUUUACUAAAGACGACAUAGCAUGUCUCAAUGCACUGGUACCGAUUAUAUUUCCACGUAUUCCAUCUCUUGUUGAAGCCGUUUAUAAAAAAUUUAAUUCAUUUGACAUAACAAAACAAUCUUUUUAUAUGCGUUCUGGUAAUUUCGAAAGUUUCCCAUUCAACGAAGACACAGACGCUACUAUUAUAUCAACAAAAACUGAUUUUCGUAAGGAUAUGUUAAGUAUGUAUUUAAAACGAGUUUUUAUUCAAACAGAAUGGAACGAUAAAUUUCUUCAAUAUUUAUCACAAAUCGGUGAAAUUCAUACAGAAUCCGAUCGUACAGAAUCAACACAUAUUGAUUAUAUGCAUGUAAAUACUUUACUUGGAUAUUUAGAAAAUCUUCUUAUUGAUUUAUUAUGGAAUAUGGAAAAUCUGGAUAGGCCAAAGAAAAGUUUAAGUAUACGAGCAGUAAAUAAAUUUUUUUGGAUACAAAAUGAUUUCUUUACAAUGAAUUAUGGAUCGACAGUAAAAAAAUGA